GGUCGUUGCAUAUCGAGAGAGGGGGACUCGGGGAGAGAUGGAACAUUAGUUCCGCUUCCUUUCACUGUAUAAGCUGUGGGGGGACUGAGCGCUAAAGUGAAAGGGGGAUCUGUCUGACUGUGUGGUAGGCACAACGAGAAAGCGAGGGAGGGAGAAACGCGCUGUAGCUCAGACGGAGACGUACAGUUUCAUCAUUUUGAUGUAGAGAAAGAAGAGUGCCCAGCUGUUCUUUUAAGAAAGAAUCGUGUCGACCCGGACUGAUGAAGUAAUGGCAGCGGAAUCGACCCGGAGAUUCACGAAGAACCUGCUCAAGCCGGGGACCGCGGCUGAAAUCAGGCAAACCGCAUCCAAUGCAGUGAGACAUUCGGCUGUGACGCAGGAGAAGCCGAAGCUGAUUGACCCUUUGGAUUAUGAGGCGGUGAUCUCAGAGCUGGACACAGAGCUGAAGGAGGAUCCCUUGAGAGACCUGCUGCUCUUCCCCGACGAUGACUUCACGGUGUCCACAGCGCCCUUGGAGAGACGGACGCUAUCGUCCACAGUCCCAGAGGGAGCGGAGGAACAGGCCGAGUGUCUGCUGGUCAGACAGGCCUGCAGGUACUAUAACUCAGAGCAGCAUGUUGUCCAUUACAAAUAUGAAGACUAUGCUGGGGACUUUCGUCAACUACCCAGGAAGUUGUACAAGGCAGACAAGCUUCCCUCACACUCCUUCGAGAUCGACCAUGAGGACGUGGACAAGGAUGAGGACACAACGUCUUUGUCAUCCUCGAAAGGAGGAGGAGGAGGAGGGGGCGGUGGGGGGAUCGGCGUGUUCAAAUCUGGGUGGCUUUAUAAGGGGAACUUCAACAGCACCGUCAACAACAGCAUCACAGUCCGGUCAUUCAAAAGGAGAUAUUUCCAGCUGACACAGCUAACUGAUAACUCCUACAUCAUGAACUUCUACAAAGAUGAAAAAAUAUCAAAGGAGCCUAAAGGUUGCAUUUUCCUGGACUCGUGCACGGGUGUGGUCCAGAACAACCGGCUGCGGAAGCACGCCUUCGAGCUGAAGAUGAACGAGGUGACGUACUUUGUGCUGGCCGCCGAGAGCGAGCAGGACAUGGAGGACUGGAUCGCCACGCUGACCCGGAUCCUGCAGAUCAGCCCGCCCGAGGCCCCGGCGCUAGACCGCAAGAGCGUGGACCUGACCGACACGCGGCAGGAUGUCAUAGAGUUAUCUUUGAGUGACACAAGUCUUCCUGAAAAUGAAGAAGUAUCAGAGGACAACAUAAACCCUGAACUGGCGAAGUACAUCACAGAAACAGAGGAGAUGGUGCGAUCUGCCAGGAGAGAAGAGCGACUGAACCUGUUCUCACUCGACCCUGACAUACCUGUGCUGCGGAGCCCACGAGGGGAGUUCCCGGCCAGCGAGGCCUCCCCAGUGCGCCCCUUCGAGGAGAAGCUGGGGAAACGUCUGAUGAUCACAUGUCGAAGCCUGAACCUCACUCUGCAGGGCUGCGUGAACGAGACGGAGAACGGACCCGUCACCAACAUUGAGCCUUUCUUUGUGACGGUGGCCUUGUUGGACGUGCGAGAGGGGAGGAAGGUGUCAGCGGAUUUCCACGUGGACCUAAACCAUGAGGCGGUGAGGCAGAUGCUGAACGGUGCGGGGGGUGCAGGAGUGCCAGGGGGCCCCACUACCAUACAGGAGAAUGGACUCAGCUCCCCUGCUGAAAAGAGACCAGGAGACUGCCAGCUCCAGCCAGAUCUGGACGACUGGCUCCGCUUCCCAAAACAGGCCGUCUUCUCAGUGAUGAACCCUCACACGGAUAUCGUGCUGGUGGCCAGGGUGGAGAAGGUGCUGAUGGGAAAUAUUGCCAGUGGGGCGGAGCCUUACAUCAAGAACACUGACUCCAGCAAGACUGUUCAGAAAAUGUUAAAAUCCAACAAGCAGUUCUGUAGCAAACUUGGAAAAUACCGCAUGCCUUUCGCCUGGUCUGUAAGGUCCGUGUUCAAGGACAAUCAGGGGACCGUGGACCGGGAAUCUCGCUUCUCCCCUCUCUUCAAGCAGGAGAGCAACAAGAUCUCCACAGAAGACCUGAUCAAGCUCAUCGCUGAGUACAGAAGGGCAGAGAAGACCAGUAAGCUGCAGACCAUCCCUGGCAGCCUGGAGAUAUCUGUGGACUGUGUCCCUAUGGAGCAUCCCAACUGUGUGACGUCCUCGUACGUUCUGCUGAAGCCCUUCGAGGACUGCAAGCAGCACCCCCCGACUGUGGAGGUGGAAGAGUUCGUCCAGGAGUCGGCCAAGUUCUCCCAGCCUUACAGAGUCUACAAGAACCACAUCUACGUGUAUCCCAGACACCUCAAGUACGACAGCCAGAAGAGCUUUGCCAAGGCACGAAACAUAGCAGUCUACGUGGAGUUCCGGAGCUCAGAUGAAGAAACUGCCAAACCCUUGAGGUGCAUCUACGGAAAGCCUGGGGGUCCGGUUUUCUCCACCGCAGCCUGCUCUACUGUACUCCACCACUCACAGAACCCUGACUUCUACGAUGAGGUGAAGAUCGAACUGCCCACCCAGCUCCACGACAAACACCACCUGCUGUUCUCAUUCUACCACGUCACCUGUGACAUUAAUGCCAAGACCAAUGCCAAGAAGAAAGAAGCCCUGGAGACUUCAGUGGGUUAUGCCUGGUUGCCCCUACUGAAGGAGGGGCGUCUGGCCUCACAGGAGUACAACAUCCCAGUGUCCUGCACCCUGCCCCAGGGCUACCUGCACAUCAAGGAGCCAGGCUCAGGAAAGAAUGGGCCGGACAUCAAGUGGGUGGACGGAGGGAAGGCCAUAUUUAAGGUGUCCACUCACGUCCUGUCCACCGUCUACACUCAGGACCCCCACUUGAACCGUUUCUUCCAGCAGUGCCAAAAACGAGAGAUGGACCUCUCUCAACCACCUACCUCAAACUUCAUCAACUGUCUCAAGGGCCUGCUCAGCAUGGAGAAGAUCCAUGUGAUCAUCCGCUUCCUGCCAGUGCUCUUCAACCAGCUGUUCAAGGUCCUUACCCAGAACGACAAUGACGAGGUCACCACUGCCACCACACGGGUUCUGGUGCACAUUGUUGCUAAGUGCCAUGAAGAUAGCUUGGACCACUACCUGCACUCCUACAUAAAGUAUGUGUUUCGGACGGAGUGCCACGGCUUUCGGACAGUCCACGAGGAGCUGGCCAAGGGAAUGUCCUCAGACCUGAAGAGCAACGAGCAGACGGCCGUGAAAAACAUCCUGAAGUACUCCUGGUUCUUCUUUGAGCUGAUCAUCAAGUCCAUGGCCCAGUAUCUGAUGGAUUCAGACAAGAUAAAGCUCCCGCGACCGCAGCGGUUCCCUGCCUCGUACCUGGGCAAGCUGGAGGCUCUGGUCAUGACAGCGUCCGACCACGUCUUCUGGAAAAAUAAGGACAUGCCAGAGGAGACCCGCAGUGCCAACAUGGCAAUCGCUUGCUUUGUAAAGCGCUGCUUCACCUUCAUGGAUCGAGGAUUCACCUUCAAGCUAAUCAGCAACUACAUCAACAUGAUUACAGCCACUGAUAACAAGACUCUGUGUGAGUUCAAGUUUGAGUUCCUGCGGGAGGUGUGCAACCACGAGCACUAUAUCCAGCUCAGCCUGCCCAUCCCCUCCGCCCGCAUCACAGACAAUGCCUCACCAUCGGAAACACAAAGCGCGCAGGUGGACGUGCCAGAGUAUAGUCUGACGGGGGAGUUCUGCAGGAAGCACUUCUUGACAGGACUGUUGCUACGGGAACUGGGCCUUGCACUGCAAGACGAACAGGACCUGCGCCACCUUGCCCUUGCCAGCCUCAAGAACCUGAUGGCCAAGCACUCACUGGACUCUCGCUACGCCCACAGGGACAAGCUUGCUAAGAUUGCGUCGCUGUACCUGCCCCUGUACGGCCUCAUCCUAGACAACAUGCCACGGUUCUUCCUCCGAGACCUGUUCCCCAUCUACUUCAACUCCAGUGACCAAGGGUCCCGGGAUGACCUGAGUGUGGGUGGAGGCCUGCCAGGGCAGAUGGCUCAUGCAAUCAGGCAUGGCAACUCUGUGGAUGCCUCCUUCUCCAAGGAGGUGCUCAACUCCAUCACAGCCUUCUCAUCUCUCGCGGUGUCUACGGGAAACCAUGCAGACUCCAGGGGCUCCCUGAUCAGCAUUGAGUCCAAUCCCAGCACCAGCGACAAGAACAGCGAGAAGACAGACGGCUGCGAGAAGUUCGCACGACCACAGUCCCUGAUCGGCUUUGGUUCACGGUUCGACAAGCUGGACCAGGCCGAGACCCGCAGCCUGCUCAUGUGUUUCCUCCAUAUCAUGAAGACCAUCUCAGAGGAUGUCAUGGUCUCCUACUGGCACCGGGCAGUACAUCAGGAAAUCUCUGACUUCUUUAACAUCUUAGAGCUAUGUCUGCAGCACUUUCGGUUUCUGGGGAAGAGGCACAUAGCAAGGAAGCUAGCUGCAGCGGUAAAGCUGGCUCAGGCCACCCAGAACAAUGGCACCCUGAAGGGCUCUAACAAUUCCACCCAGUCCUCCGGUCUCCUCCCGCAAUGGAUGCACUCCAGCCAGGACGGUCACCGGCACGCCCGCUCCCAGACCAUGCCCAUCAUCAGGGGCAAGAAUGCCCUGACCAACCCCAAACUGCUGCAGAUGAUGGAAACGGGCAGCGCCAACUCCAAUGGCAACAUCACAGAGGGUGACACGCUCAGCCCCACGGAUAUUGAAGCCAACCUGUCGACAGAAGUGGCACUAACUGUGCUGGACAUCCUGGGGCUCUUCGUCCAGCACCACAAGAAGCAGCUGCAGCAGGAGGAUGGGCAGAACUCUCUGAUGAAGAAGGUCUUCGACACCUACCUCCUCUUCUUCCAGAUCAACCAGUCCACCACCACCCUGCGGCACGUCUUCGCAGCGCUCCGUCUCUUCAUCCACAAGUUCCCUGCUGCAUUCUUCCAGGGCAAAGCAGACCUGUGUGGCUGUCUGUGCUACGAGAUCCUGAAGUGCUGUAACCACCGCUCCAGCUCCACCCAGACGGAGGCCUCUGCCCUGCUGUACUUCUUCAUGAGGAAGAACUUUGAGUUCACCAAGGGGAAGUCCAUCGUCCGCUCACACCUGCAGCUCAUCAAGGCGGUGAGUCAGCUGAUCGCCGACGCCGGGAUCGGGGGGUCGCGGUUCCAGCAGUCCCUCGCCAUCAUCAACAACUUCGCUAACGGAGAUGUGCCACUGAAGAGCACAUCAUUCCCAGCAGAGGUGAAGGACCUGACCAAACGGAUCCGCACAGUUCUGAUGGCCACGUCCCAGAUGAAGGAGCACGAGAAGGACCCAGAGAUGCUGGUGGACCUGCAGUACAGCCUGGCCAACUCCUACGCCAGCACCCCUGAGCUCCGACGUACCUGGCUGGAGAGCAUGGCCAAGAUCCAUGUUCGCAAUGGGGACCUGUCUGAGGCUGCCAUGUGCUAUAUCCAUAUCUCUGCCCUCAUAGCAGAGUACCUGAAGAGGAGAGGUUACUGGAAAACAGACAAGGCCAGGAGCUCAAGUGUGUUCACAGAGGAGGCAAAUGACAUUAACUGUAGCCCCUUACUAACAUCCCGAGAAGGAGAAACGUCAUUCUCCAUGGGCUGGGCAGCCUUCCUGUGCAUCACACCCAAUGUGAAAGAGGAGGGGGCCAUGAAGGAGGACACAGGGAUGCAGGACACGCCCUACACUGAGGACACCCUGGUGGAGCAGCUGGAACUGUGUGUGGAUUACCUAUGGAAGUCAGAGCGAUACGAGCUGGUCGCUGAUGUCAACAAGCCCGUCAUCGCGGUCUUCGAGAAGCGAAGGGACUUCAAGCGCCUGUCUGAGCUGUACUACGACAUCCACCGCUCCUACCUGAAGGUCACGGAGGUGGUGAACUCAGAGAAGCGGCUGUUCGGACGCUACUAUCGUGUGGCUUUCUAUGGACAGGGAUUCUUUGAGGAGGAGGAGAGUAAGGAGUUCAUUUACAAGGAGCCGAAGCUGACGGGGCUGUCAGAGAUCUCCCAGCGCCUGCUGAAGCUCUACUCUGACAAGUUCGGGGCCGACAAUGUCAAGAUGAUCCAGGACUCCAAUAAGGUCAAUCCCAAGGACCUGGACCCAAAGUACGCCUAUAUCCAGGUGACCUACGUGACCCCGUAUUUCGAUGAGAAGGAGUUGCAGGAGAAGAAGACGGACUUCGAGCGGCACCACAACAUAAAGCGCUUUGUGUUCGAGACGCCCUUCACACUGUCGGGCAAGAAGCAUGGAGACGUGGAGGAGCAGUGCAAGAGACGGACAAUACUGACCACUAGCUCCAGCUUUCCUUACCUGAAGAAACGCAUCCAAGUAGUGGAACAGCAAAGCACGGAGCUGAAUCCCAUUGAGGUGGCCAUUGAUGAGAUGUCCCGCAAGGUGUCCGAGCUCAACCAGCUCUGCAACAUGGAUGAGGUGGACAUGAUCCGCCUGCAGCUGAAACUGCAGGGCAGUGUCAGCGUUAAGGUGAACGCAGGACCCAUGGCCUACGCUCGCGCCUUCCUGGAGGAGAAGAACGCCAAGAAAUACCCUGACAACCAGGUCAAACUGCUCAAGGAGAUUUUCAGGCGAUUUGCAGAAGCGUGUGGCCAAGCGCUGGAUGUGAACGAAAGGUUGAUCAAGGAGGACCAGCUAGAGUACCAAGAGGAGAUGAGAGUCCACUAUAAGGACAUGCUGACCGAGCUGUCUGCUGUCAUGAAUGAGCCGAUUCAGCACACAAAGCAACCAGGAACGGACCGGCCACACGCCUUCUGAGCGCACAGUGAUGCGGGCCGAGAACCCGAAGACCAGGAAGCGGAGCACCACAGCCUCAUCGGUGUCACUGAGUGAGUGACACGAAGAAGGGUGGAGAAACUGUGACUUUUAUGAACUGGAAAUAAGGGAAGAGAUGGGAAAAGCCAGACUUAAAAAAAAAAAACUGUCACGGUGGAAGAUUACAGUCCUUUGGAUGCCUCCCUAUGUGCCAGGCUGCUGUGUUUCUUUAUUUUAAAGCUUAGACUGUGUCUGCACUCCCUGCCAACCCCUUCCUGCAUCACCACACACACAUGCAAACAGGCACACAUACAGACACACAUACAUGCGCACACCUGCUCAAAGGUAGUGUCACUUUGAGCAACUUUAAUGAGCAGAGGUGCGCUCAACUUGGCAGAUGUUGGCUUACAACCUUAUAAGUCCUUUUUUUAACUUUCUGCUCGCUGCAAACAUUUGCUUACAAUGGUGAACAAUUUGCGAUGGCUGCUUGUGAAAGAACAGUCUUCUUGUGAUAGAAUUUCAGCUAUAAUAUUGAAGCACCAUUGUGUCAAAGCAUCACAGCUGGGUUGAAUGCACCCCUGGUGCCUGUAUGAAUGUAAUCAGCAAUGCAUUGCUAUAGUACAUU